AUGGAGUUCACACUCCCACCAAUCGGCCGCAAUGGCACCCAAGUCAAGAAACUGUUCCCCGAUGAUAUUAUUUACAUGAUUUGUCGGUACUUCUGCUCCCAUUGCAACAACGAGUACCAACUUCCCUACGGUCCCUUAACCGGCGCAGAAAAGGCCCAAGACAGCGGAACUCUCUACAACCUCUGCCUCAUCUCAAAAUUAUGGCGAGAUGUGGCCGAACAAACUCUUUACCAUUCCUUCCAUCCGGAUUAUUCGCCUCCCCGCAAGAGAAUACUCAAAAGUUCCAAGAAUCCCUGGAAGCUUCGACUCGAACCCUUCCUUCGAACUAUUGCUUCACGCCCUGAUCUGGCAGGGUCUAUCCAGACAGUCAUCAUCCGGGAUCUUGUGAUUUACGGACUUCACUUCUAUGAAAGCCAAAGAGCGUUUGAUGAAUGCGCGCGUGCCUUACGAACCAGCCCUCGUGAGAUCUACUACAAGGGGCACCAUAAUUCAGCUCCUUCGGAAAUCAGAGAGGCGUUCUUUCUAGGCACGCCGAUUAGUGUUCUUCCAGAUGUGUCUACAUUAGCUUCUGAAAUCGCGGGCGAGCUCCUAUCCGCACUUGUGGCGUUCGUUCCUAAACUCGAACACCUUGCAGUCGAAGGGUAA